CUUGUUGUUAGAAGAAUGAUGUCCCAUCACAGUCUAACAGAAAAAGUUGCUAUAAUAACUGCAUCCACUGAUGGGAUUGGACUUGCAGCUGCUGAGGCCUUGGGCCAGAGGGGAGCCCAUGUUGUUGUGAGCAAUCGACGGCAAACCAAUGUUGACAAGGCUGUGUCACUCUUGCGCAGCAAAAAUAUACAAGUAAUCGGGACCACUUGCAAUGUGGGGAAUGCGGAGGAGAGAGAAAAGCUCAUUAACAUGGCAGUAGAGCAGUGUGGUGGUGUGGACAUACUGGUGUCUAACACAGCAGUAAACCCAUUUAUUGGGAACAUUUUAGACUCCACAGAGGAAGUCUGGAACAAAAUACUUGGGGUGAAUGUGAAAGCUGCAUUCCUUUUGACCAAAUUAGUCACUCCUCAUAUGGUGAAAAGAGGGGGUGGGUCAGUUGUGUUUGUGUCUUCAGUAGCAGGGUACCAGCCAUUUCAAAAUCUGGGACCCUACAGUGUGAGUAAGACAGCUCUGCUUGGAUUAACCCAUGUGCUUGCUCCUGAUCUCGCCCAGAGCAACAUCUGGGUCAACUGUGUUGCCCCAGGCAUCAUCAAAACCCGUUUCAGCUCUGCUCUGUGGGUGGAUGAGAGUUUGGUGGAUGAGAUCAUGAAAAAGACUUGCAUUAAAAGACUUGGGCAACCAGAGGAUGUUAGUGGGGUAAUUGCAUUCUUGUGCUCAGACGAAGCCUCAUAUAUCACAGGAGAGACAGUCACUGUAACCGGAGGCUGGAACUGCAGACUCUAAGUGCCACAGUGUAUGGUGGUCUCGCACUUUAAUGAUGCGCUUGCAUAUCUGAGGGAAAACUUCUAAUGUGAUACAGUUCAUGUGGUAUGCAACUGCAUCACAAAUGUAAAAUGCUUCAUUGUAAUAAAAUGAUUUUUGCA